AUGGCGGACAAGUCGGGCCGAGGUAGAAAAGAAGAGGUCGUCACCAGAGAGUACACCAUCAACCUGCACAAGCGCCUCCAUGGAUGCACAUUCAAGAAGAAGGCACCAAAUGCCAUAAAGGAGAUUCGGAAGUUUGCCCAGAAGGCUAUGGGAACGACAGACGUCAGGGUCGAUGUGAAGCUGAACAAGUUGAUUUGGAGCCGUGGUAUCCGAAGUGUGCCAAGGAGGGUUCGUGUACGCAUUGCUCGUAGAAGAAAUGAUGAGGAAGAUGCCAAGGAGGAGCUCUAUUCUCUAGUAACAGUCACCGAGAUUCCACCAGAGGGUCUCAGGGGAUUAGGCACUAAGGUCGUUGAUGCAGAUGAUUGA